AAAGGAGCUGUGGCUCACUGAAGAAAUCCAAAGAUCCAACAAAAUCCUCCACAUUGUACAACAUUGUGACCAGCGCAGGCAGCAGCAGAUACUCACCUGCCGCUGUGGCCACCACCUCUGCGGCAGCGAAACAGAGUGAUCUUACUUUCCCACCUCACAGAAUGCUGUCAUCGGAGACCGUAGCGGCAAACCUUCCUCCUCUGUUAGAGUCAGACAUUGAGGGAAGGCCAGUCACAGUCAAGACUGAGGACUUCAGCAGUAGUCUCUUGUCAGGUUCUGAUGUCAACCCUCCAAUUCUGAGCCCACUGGGUAAAAUCCCACAAGGAUUCUCCCAGGAGCUAGCUGAGCGCUUGAAAGCUGACACUCCAUUGAAGCCCACCUUGUCGAGCUCCAGCAUGACUAGCAGCAGCAUCCUUUCGGAGAAGGCAUCAAGACCGGUACACACGAUGAACCUGGACAGGAUCUCCAUGGACUCCAGGUCUAACCGCAUUGUGUCUUCAUCACUGGAUGACAUAGACAUCACUGAAGAGGCCGGCGCUGGGGUGAUUGUGUUAACGCUUUCGUCUCGCCUGCGGGGGUUACACCUUAUCAAGUGGAGCCUCUCUGAUGUUGCUGAUGUUCUGAAAGUGAAUGGCUGUGGAGUGUAUGCUAGUAUCUUCAUUAACAAGAAUAUCGAUGGAAGAACCUUGCUUAACAUGAGCACCGACCAGCUGACCAAAGUGGUCAGCGUUGUGGAGGGACCCAUACUUCGACUGUGUGAUCUGGUUCAACAACUCAAGGCCUGUGCUGCAAAUAUCAAGGAUCUGGGAGACACCAGAUAUUCCUAG